AUGCCAGUUUUUCGUAAUUCCACUGGUUUUGUCACUCCCUUUCGAAUUCCGAGUGCGGUAAGCAGAGAAGACUCAUCGUCAACCACAACAACACCUCGCUCUUCUACUGUGUUGCAACGACAAAAGCGGGAGGUGGUGUACCCAGAUUCCAGAGGCAGUUCAGGCAAUGAAGUAGUUGCAGCGCGUCUAGCUAAACGCGCAAACAUUGAUUACCAUCAACCAAUAAAAGAGAACAAAACCUUUCCCAACCAUGGAGGGCCCAAUACUGAAGUUCACGAUGAUAACGCCAGUGAGAAGACGACAGAAGAAGGCCCAGUUUCGUCGAAGCCGUCUGUUCCUCCGACAAGUGGUGUGCAACAGCAACAACCACAGGAAACGGCACCUGUUUCUACGGAUGCUGCGGGAGCGGAUGAAGGAAGUGUUGAGAAAAGUACCGAAAUUGUUUCUCUGUAUCCGGUAAGUCCCCAUGGCUGUCUUUAUUUUCAAGUGGAAACAGAGGCGGCCACCCGUCACGACUCAGUCGGUAUUAUUGUCAUCAACACGGAACUUCUGGGUGUCAUGAUGUACGACUGUGCAGGAAGACAAUAUGGCAACAGACCAGAACCCGGCUACCCUAUAUCGGAAGAAGAUAUGAAGAGCGCUAAAGCCGGUGCCAAACUUAAGGUGGGGCAAAAAAGUGUACUUCUCGUUACUGCGCUAUUGGAGGAAUCAUUCCGAAGCGGUGAGUUCUUCCUUCGGUCUGAGCACCUUUCUCGUAAGAGGGAAGAGGACAAAAAGGCGAAGGAAGAAGCAGCUGCAGCAGCUGCUCCUCGGCGAGUAGUGCCAAAAAUGACAUUGGGUGAAACUUUACUAGGGAAUAUGUUUGCCUCACCCAUUUUCCGUAAGCGACCGCGUGAGGGUCAAACUGGGUUCGUUGUUCCAAUUGCUGGACGUGUGAAACCUGGAACCAGCGGAAUUGGUGCUGAGUUGAAGUCUUUGCACGAUCCUGACCGAGAAGGAGCAGUGGUACUUUUUCAUGCUCACUACAAACGGGACGUUAAUGGCCGUCUGCAAGUUUCGGUUGUUGUGGAUCCGAUUAUUGGUGACAAACUUCGACCGCAUCAGCGAAUCGGGGUGAAGUUUCUUUUCGAUUGCAUUACGGGUCAGCGGAUGCCCGGCUACCACGGUGCCAUCUUAGCAGAUGAAAUGGGUCUUGGAAAAACCAUUCAAACAGUUGCUACCGUUUAUACUUGUCUCAAACAAGGGAGGUAUGGGGUACCCACAGCACGAAAGUGUUUGAUCGUUACCCCAUCUUCCCUAGUGAAGAAUUGGUGCAACGAGUUUGACAAAUGGUUGGGUGUGGGGGCUGUUAAAUAUCUCUCUAUAUCGGAGUCCACACCAAAAGGCGAUCGCAUCAUUUCUCGCUUCGAUGGCGACGGUGAUGUUCUCGUCAUUUCGUACGAUCAGCUACGCAAAUACAUCAGUCGCAUUUCGACGCUGAAGUCGGUUGAGUUAGUUGUCUGCGAUGAGGGACACAAACUGAAAAAUGCAGAGGUGAAAACAACGAAAGCAGUUGAUAUGCUCCCUACGCGGAACCGCAUCAUCCUUAGCGGUACACCCAUUCAAAACGACUUAUCAGAAUUUCAUGCCAUGGUGGGGUUUGUUAACCCCGGUAUCUUAGGCACUCGUGAUGUCUUCGGUCGCGUAUUUGAGGAACCCGUGACGCUUGGACGGGACCCCGACUGUCCUGAGCAUCUCCGGAUGUUGGGAGCCGACCGCGCACAUUACCUUUCCACUUUAACCCAGCGCUUCAUUCUUCGGCGCACGCAAUCCAUUAAUGAGUCGUACCUCCCACCGAAGGUUGAUCUUACAGUGUUCGUACGACUGGGUGAAAAGCAGCGCGAGGCGUAUGAGAAGAUUUCUGCUAUCGUGGAGAGCUCGCAGUGUACCCCGCUUGUUCUGAUCUCGUCAUUGAGGAAACUUUGUAAUCACAUGGAUCUCUUCCACGAGGCGGUGGUUAGCUCCAAUGGGGAUCAGAAGGGUAAGGGUGGUGGAAUUCCCAAAUCGGUGCUUCCGAAAGGCUACAAGGUUGGGACUCUUUCCCAAGAGGUGGGCAGCAAGAUGCAGUUUGUUUCCCUCAUGCUAGACGAGUUAUGCAGUAAUGGGGAUCACGACAAACUAGUGAUCGUUUCGAACUUCACUCAAACACUGGACGUCAUUGCUGCCAUGUGUAAAACCAAAAAGAUUAGUUUCUUUCAGCUCGACGGUAGUAUGCCCAUCAAAAGGCGGCAGGAGGUGGUUGAUCGGUUCAAUGUCCCCAAUUCUCAAGAGAUUGUUUUCUUGCUUUCUUCCAAGGCUGGUGGAGUAGGCCUCAAUCUUAUUGGAGCGAAUCGGCUAAUUCUAUUUGAUCCUGACUGGAACCCUGCUAACGAUGCACAAGCUAUGGGUAGAGUGUGGCGUGAUGGACAGAAGAAGCGUGUCUUCAUAUAUCGUCUUUUAAGUACCGGUUCAAUUGAGGAGAAGAUUUACCAGCGACAGGUCAGUAAGCAAGGCCUCUCUGCAAACGUUGUUGAUAUGCAAACAGACUCAAAGCAACACUUUACACUGGAAGAACUUCGGUCACUUUUUCGUUUUCGGAGUGACACCGACUCAGAAACACACGAUCUUCUGCAUUGCACGAGUUGUGAAGCGGUUAUGAAUUCAGGGGGUGGCAGGGCCUCUGGAAGAGCAAGAUUAAAAGAGCAGGAAGCACCAAUGAAGUUCCGCCCUGUAACUGUGAAAAAGAGCGGACCCCGUAUGGACGAACUAAAAGGGUGGAGGCAUUUCUCUCAGUGUGCAACUUUCCCCUUGGACAAAGUUAUACGUGCCAUAGCCACGGCAGCACCGGGCAUCUGCAGUUUCAUCUUUGCUGAUGAGCGUGACAACACCGCGACGACCGCAUCGAAAGAUGGCAAGGGAGGUAAGAGUGGUGGUGCCAAGGUUGAACCCGUGAUGAAAGUGGAGCGGGCUUUUGCUGAAGACGAGGAAGCAAUUAUAUGCAUGAGCCAAACAGAGGAGAUGGUAAGAGAGUCUCAACUUGAGAUUGAGAUCCAUGAGGAUGAUGAUGAUGAUGAUUAUCCCUCUGGUGACGAUUAG